GAAUCUGCUCAUGAGUGGGGUAUAAAAAAGUUCUGGUUUAGGAAACGCCUUUCCAGGCGCACCUCGUUGCUGAUGCUGCUGAGGUGGCCACAUCACUCUGGAGGUUUGACAGUAUCUCAAGCAAAGAUGUCCUACAGACCAGCCCCGCAGUCCUCCUACAGGAAGAUGUUCGGCGGGGACCGAGCCGCAGUGUCCCGGAGCAGCUACUCCAGCCGGCACUACGCCGGCCCGCCGCUGCGCUCCUCCCGGGUCUCCUACGGGCUCUCCUCCUCCGCGCCCACCGUUUACGCAGCGAGGACCCAGAGGCUCCGGAGCGGCRKCGGCGGCGGCGCAGCCAUGCCCCGGCUGGCCUCCGAGAACCUGGACUUCUCCCUGUCSGACGCCAUCAACAGCGAGUUCAUCACGAACCGCACCAACGAGAAGGCGCAGAUGCAGUCGCUCAACGACCGCUUCGCCAGCUACAUCGAGAAGGUGCGCUUCUUGGAGCAGCAGAACAAGAUCCUGCUGGCCGAGCUGGAGCAGCUGCGGGGCAAAGGCACGUCCCGGGUCGGGGAUCUGUACGAGGACGAGAUGCGGGAGCUGCGGCGCCAGGUGGACCAGCUGACCAACGAGAAGGCCCGCGUGGAGGUUCACCGGGACAACCUGGCGGACGACAUCCAGAGGCUGAGAGAGAAGUUGCAAGAUGAAAUCUCUCAGCGAGAGGAGGCAGAAGCCAACAUGCAGAGCUUCAGACAGGAUGUGGACAACGCCGCCUUGGCAAGACUGGAUCUGGAGCGAAAGAUCGAGUCGCUGCAGGAGGAAAUUAACUUCCUCAAGAAGCUGCAUGAUGAGGAAAUGCUGGAGCUGCAGAACCAAGCCCAGGUGCAGCAGCAGCAUGUGCAGGUGGAUAUGGAGAUGGCCAAGCCUGACCUGACCGCGGCUCUGAGGGACGUGCGUCUGCAGUAUGAGAACCUGGCCUCMAAAAACAUCCAGGAAUCAGAGGACUGGUACAAAUCCAAGUUUGCUGACCUGACUGAAGCUGCAGCCCGCAAUAAUGAAGCUUUGAGACUAGCCAAGCAGGAGGCCAACGACUACAGGCGCCAAGUUCAGGCUCUUACUUGUGAGGUGGAUGCCCUGAAAGGAACUAACGAGUCCUUGGAGCGUCAGAUGAGGGAGAUGGAGGAGAACUUCUCUCUGGAGAACGGUGGCUACCAGGACACCAUCGGCCGCCUGGAGGAGGACAUCCAUAACAUGAAGGAUGAGAUGGCUCGUCACCUGCGAGAGUACCAGGACCUCCUAAACGUCAAGAUGGCCUUGGACAUCGAGAUCGCCACCUACAGGAAGCUGCUGGAAGGAGAGGAGAGCCGAAUCUCCACUCCACUGCCUAACUUCUCCUCUCUAAACCUGAGAGAUGCAAUAGUUGAGUCUAAACCUCAAGUUGAAAGCAUGACAACAAAGAAAGUUGUCAUCAAGACCAUUGAGACGAGGGACGGUCAGGUGAUCAACGAGUCAACCCAGAAUCACGAGGAGAUGGAUUAGAAACGGCUUUGAUUUUGCCAAACAGUUGACACAAGCAAUAACAAAAAAAAGCACGUCCYAGCGACACAAAAAGCAAACUGCUUGGAAAGUGCCUUUGUAUGUGAUGAUGAUCUUCUUAACUGACAACCUGGGUUUUAUUUUUCCCCCCUAAAAGUAUUUUGUCACUCUUGUAGACCCAGUUUGAAAACAGCACAACCCUAGUAAUCCUGUGAAGUACACAUACACUUUUCUUUGUAACCAAAGUAGUAUGUUUGAUUGAUAAAGCAUGCACCAGAAAACUGUAUGCUAAAUCUGUCACGACUACCUGCAUGCAGCAAUAAACUAUAAACAACUCA